GGUGGAGCUCUUGAUUAAUGCGCUCAUCUAUCCAGUAUUAUAACCAGCACACCUGAGUCUCAUCAGUCUCUAGUGCACACAAUUGGAAGCAAGCAAGGCUAGCAAACAGCUCUUUUGUUUUUCUCCCAAACACAUGCUUUUGAUCACUCCUGUGUAGUUUGCUUGGGAUCCGCAAAGAUAUCCAGCAGCUCUUUCACAUAGGGGGGAGGGGAGAGUCAGUGUAGUGAAAAACAAGGAAUUGUUUCCACCCAUUUUGCCUCAGUUGUGCUCCACCCUUCCCUGUAGGUGAGCUACCUGACCAAACUCUGGGGAGAGCGAGUGAAAGAGGUAGAGAAAGCCAGGAACAAAGGCAGAGAGUGAGAGAGACACACAUAAAAAGAGCUCUGUGUGGAGGGAAAGGGGAAGAGAAAGAGAGAAAUGAACAGGUGGACCAGAGAUCUGAGUUAGGCAGCUGUUGGGGGGUGGGAAACAGUGGGUGGACUCUGAGGAACAGGGGUGUGCUCAGAGCUGUUGCAGACAGGUCGGACAAGUUUCUCCCCACAAUACCUGUCUUUCUCACACGCACAUUUGAAACACACCAGUUGGCAGGAAAAGGAAGUGAAGUAAAAAAGGGCUGAAGAAGAAGAAGCCGAGUUUUCUGGUCAUUCAUAAGUUGACUACCAGAAAGGAAUUUAAAGAUGCCUGAGGAGCAACCCUAUUAUGGAAAGCAUGGUGAACCAAGAAAGCAUGACCCCACCUUCAAAGGCCCCAUCUAUAACAGGGGCUGCACUGAUAUUGUAUGCUGCAUCCUCUUCAUUAUUUGCAUACUGGGCUACUUUGCAGUGGGAAUUCUUGCCUGGUCCCAGGGAGACCCCAGGAAGGUGAUCUACCCCACGGACAGCAGAGGACAGUUCUGUGGGCAGGCAGGCACUCCUCUGGAGAAGAAGUCCCUGCUGUUCUACUUCAACAUCAUGAAGUGUGCCAGUCCCAUGGUGCUGCUGGAGUUUCAGUGCCCAACCACACAGAUGUGUGUGGAGAAAUGUCCUGAUAAGUUCAUGACGCUCCUCAAGGCCUACACCAAUAAAGAGGACUUUAAGUAUUAUAAGAACUUCUGCAAGGAGGGUCUAGAGGGGCUGACUGUAACACAGAUCCUGAGUUCUGGCCUGUGUCCUGCCAUGCUGAUGCCAAGUAAACCCUUCACCCGCAGGUGCUUCCCUGCCCUGGGCCAGAAGAAGGGAGGGGAGAUCACUGUGGGAAAUAACUCCAAGUUUGAUGAUGGGGAGGGGAACAUUAGAGAUGCCAAAGAUCUGUUGGCGGGGGUCAAGAAUGCCACAGUGGUCAUUGAGGCUCGACAAGUGGCCAUGAAGAUCUUUGAGGAUUACACCCAGUCCUGGUACUGGAUCCUAAUAGGGUUGGUGAUUGCCAUGCUCGUCAGUCUCCUCUUCAUCAUCCUCCUGCGCUACCUGGCAGGGAUCAUGGUGUGGGUCAUGAUCGUCAUGGUGAUCCUGGUCAUUGGAUACGGCAUCUUCCACUGCUCCAUGGAGUAUGUUAGCCUGAAGUCAGAGGCAGGCUCUAAUGUCACUCUAAAGGACCUGGGCUUCCAGACAGACUUCUCUGUGUACCUGCAUAUCAGACAGACAUGGCUGGCCUUCAUUAUUAUUCUGGCCAUUGUGGAGAUCAUCAUCAUUUUGCUGCUUAUCUUCCUCAGGAAUAGAAUCCUCAUCGCCAUCGCUCUCAUCAAAGAAGCCAGCAGGGCCAUUGGGCAUGUGAUGUCAGCCCUGUUUUACCCGUUGUUCACCUUUGCCCUCCUGUCCAUGGUCAUCGCCUACUGGGCUGUCACCGCUGUGUUCCUGUCCACCUCCAAUCAGCCCAUCUAUAAGGUGUUCAAUGAGACGGCCUGCGAUCACUCCAGGAAAAUCUGCGAGCCAGCUAACUUCAGCACCUCCAGUAUGAAGGCUGAGUGCCCAGAUUCUAAGUGUCUGUUUGCCUUCUACGGUGGAGAGACGGUCUACCACAAGUACCUGAUCGGCCUGCAGUUCUACAACGUCUUCCUGUUCUUCUGGUGUGCCAACUUUGUGACGGCGCUGGGUCAGAUGACCCUGGCUGGGGCCUUUGCCUCCUACUACUGGGCCUUCGUCAAGCCUGACGACAUGCCUGCCUUCCCCGUCUUCUCUUCCCUUGGCAGAUCACUCAGGUAUCACACAGGUUCCCUGGCGUUUGGCUCUCUCAUCCUCUCCAUCGUCCAGAUCAUCAGGGUUCUGCUGGAGUACAUCGACCACAAGCUCCAAGGAACCCAAAAUAAGUGCACUAAGUUCCUGCUGUGCUGUCUCAAGUGCUGCUUCUGGUGCCUGGAGAAAUUCAUCAAGUUCAUCAACAGAAACGCCUACAUUAUGGUGGCGAUAUAUGGCAAGAACUUCUGCACGUCUGCCAAAGAUGCCUUCUUCCUCCUCAUGAGGAACAUGAUCAGGGUUGCCGUCCUGGACAAGGUGACAGACUUCCUGUUGUUCCUGGGCAAACUCCUCAUCGUCGGGCUUGUGGGUAUCUUUGCUUUCUUCUUCUUCUCUGGGAGGGUGAAGGCCUUUGAGAACACAGCCCCCAACCUCCACUACUACUGGGUCCCCAUCCUGACGGUGGUGGUUGGUUCCUACCUUAUUGCCCACGGCUUCUUCAGCGUGUACGCCAUGUGUGUGGACACACUCUUCCUCUGCUUCUGCGAAGACCUGGAGAGAAAUGAUGGCUCUCCAGCAAGACCGUAUUACAUGUCAGCUUCGCUCAAUGACAUUCUGUUGGAGAACAAGGCUGUGGAAGAGAGAGAGGAGCCAACCCAGUCCUCACCACAUCAGCCAGACGACCAAGACGUCCAGCUGAAACAAUAGCGACCUCAGAUGCAGGAGAAGGACGAGGAAGUUUAGGAGUAGUCGUAGCAAAGACACUGUGGACGAGAUCUCCAACUCCACCUGCAGAUCUGUCUUGUAGAAAUGGGCAUGCUACUGUUCAUGAUUGGUAGAUUGACAUCAAAGCCUGAAUUUGGACAACAGUCAACUGCUUGACCACAGUGUCUUUGCUUCUCCCUAUAUAUAGUGUGGUAUUGUGCUCUUAAUGGCUGGAGUUGGCAAAUGAUAGUUGUUUCAUUGACUUGGAAAAAAGAGAUUCCACUGAUGUUUAUGUGAACCUGUUGCAGUUCUGACGUUGAUUUCCUGCUAGAAGGGAAACACUGUCGGCCAUAGAAAACAAUAUGCCUAAUUUACUAACUAUCCGUUUUGGUUUGAUGUAUUGAACCUCCUACAGAUAUCACAUUGUUUACAGUUAAAGCAUUCAAAAGAUGGUGCUCUGCAAUGCUACCAUCGUUAGUAUUACUGCUAUCAGUGCACUAUUAAAAUGUUGAUAUUUUCAAUUACAUAUAAAAGCCAUAUGUAGUUUUGUGUAUAUACUGAAAUGUAUUAGUUCCACUUGAGAGGGAAGCGGCGCCAUUUGUUCUGUAAAGCAAUGCAAUCAGAUCCCUCAUUGCCUUAAUGUGUGCCUGUCAGCAAGGUCUGUUUGAAGCACUGUCCUGGAGACUGACUCCUAGGCUCUAUGAGCAUUAACUGAAUGCAGUAUCUCUUUUCUCUCCCUUUCUUGUGCUAUUAUGCAUGUUGGUAGUAUGUCUGCUAUUGAUUAAAGCUAUCAGUCUUUCUGUUA